AUGAGUAUUGAUGAGAGGAUGCAAAUCCAGGGGGGCUUGCUGCUGCUGUCUGAGCUGCUGUCAACAGCACAAGGCAGCGGCUGCAUGCAGGCAGCAGCAGCAGCAGCGGAGUGUCAGCAGCAGCAGCAAGAGAUUCUGCUGCAGCUGCUGCAGGACCUGCUGCUGCUGCUGCUGCACAGAGGAGAAGACCUAGCCAUGGAGGCCCCGGAUGCGCUGCUGCUGCUGCUGCGGCUUGUGGGUGUUGUUGCUGCAGCAGAAACAGUAGGAGCAGCAGCAGCAGCAGCAGCAGCAUACAUCUUGUCUAUCCUCGCUGGCUUCGUUGCUGCUCCUCAACAGACAGAAGCAGCAGCAGCAGCAGCAGCAACCGCUGCUGCUGCUGCUGCUGCAGUUGUAGGAGAAGGAUCCUUACACCGAGAGGAGGCGCAGCAGCAACACCUGCAGCAGCAGCAGCAGCAGCAGCAGCAGCACCGCGCCCUGCAGCAGCAGCUGCUGCAUGUUGCUGCUGCCUUCCACAGCAGAGCAGCACUUGACAGCCUUGAAGACAGCAGCAGCAGCACGCUGCAGCAGCAGCAGCAGCAGCAGCAGCAGCAACAGCAGCAGCCGAAGCCGCCCAUCGUAGGGUUGCUGCCAGCAGCAGCAGCAGCUGAAAUCUCCAUCGGCUGCUGCUGCGUCCUCGUAGGCCGCUGGGAUACCUCUUUGUAUCAGCUACAGCAGCAGCAACAGCAGCAGCAGCAGCAGCAGCAGCAGCAGCAGCAGCUCGAGGAACAGCAGGAGCCAGAGCAGCAGCAGCAGCAGCAGGACGGAUUGGUUGUUCCUUCUAUCCCCAGCCGUUUGCUGCAGCAGCUUUGUGAUAUUCUCUGCUGCUCUGCAGAGCCCUUGGAACAGCAGCAGCAGCAGCAGCAACAGCAGCAGCAGCAACAGCAGCAGCAGCAGCAGCAGCAGCAACUGCUGCUGGUGCCUUCAGCAGCAGCAAAGUUGCGUCUUCUGGCCUCAGCUGCAGACGGCCUGGCGAGUGCUUUGUGUAUAUACACCGCAAUCGUGCAGCAGCAACAGCAGCAGCAGCAACAGCAGCAGCAGCAACAGCAGCAAGAGCUGGAGCAGCAGCAAAUGAAGGGGAGUCCUGCUGCCUCUCUGCUGCUGCUGCUAGACAGCAGCAAGCUUAUUGCUCUCCUCAGAAACCUGGCAGCUGCAUACGUUCAGCAGCAGCAGCAGCAGCAGCAGCAGCAGCAAGAGGAGCAGCAGCAGCAGCAGGAAGAGCAGCAGCAGCAAGGACAUGCGCUCGCAUACAUCGUUUCGUCAAUGCGGUUGCUGCUGCAGCGGCUGCUGCUGCUGCUGCCGCAGCAGCAGGCUGCUGCAUUCGCGCAGCAGAUAAUAGAAGAGGCGCUGCUGCAUGAUGAGCUGCUGCUGUUUCUUCCUGCUGCAGUUGCUGCUGCUUUGCAUCAAUGUUGCAGCAGCAACAGCAGCAACAGCAGCCAUAGCAGCAGCAGCAGCAGCAGCAGCAACGGCUGCUGCAAGGAGGCUUCUGACUGGAGCUGCAGCAGCAGCAGCCCGGUGCAGCAGCAGCUGCUGCAGCGGUGCAUUUUGAUUUGCUGCUGCUCCCUGCCUGAGUGGUGCAGCACUGGCGGGUCUUUGGGCGAGCCGCAGCAACAGCAGCAGCAGCAGCAGCAGCUGGAACAGCAGCAGCAGCAGCAGCAGCAGGGACGAAGAAGGCUACCAACUGUCAGAGCAGCUAUUGGAGGACAUAUUGCUGCAGGCAUUCGCGCCGCGUCCGUUUGGCUGCAGCAGCAGCAGCAACAGAAGCAGCAGCAGCAGCAGCGGCAGCAGCAACAGCAGCAGCAGCAGCAGCAACAAUAUUGUGUGUGGAUGUGCUGCGCAGUUGGCUGCUGCGAGGGCUGUGGGGCUGCUGCUGCCUGA